AACUUCAACCCUUCAGAAUACUGAAACCACAAGAUCAACUAUGCAAAGUGCUUCCCCCACAGAUGUCUCAACAACUCUUUCAACACCACCAAUGACUUCCACAUCAACAAUUGAACCUACGGUGUCACUAUCAUCGACUGUUGUUCCCACAAGUGAAGCAACUACCAUUAAAGAAACAACAGUGCUCACCUCUGGCAUUCCACAAACUUCUAUAGUGUUGCCUUCUUCUUCAACACAGUCUGUGCCAGUGUCCACUACAAGUGAAUCCAUAGGCUCAUCACCUUCUUCCACACCUACCAGUGCCAUCCAAACUUCAACCCUUCAGAAUACUGAAACCACAAGAUCAACUAUGCAAAGUGCUUCCCCUACUGAAGUCUCAACAACUCUUUCAACACCACCGGUAACUUCCACAUCAACAAUUGAACCUACGGUGUCACUAUCAUCGACCAUUGUUCCCACAAGUGAAGCAACUACCAUUAAAGAAACAACAGUGCUCACCUCUGGCAUUCAACAAACAUCUAUAGUGUUGCCUUCUUCUUCAACACAGUCUGUGCCAGUGUCCACUACAAGUGAAUCCAUAGGCUCAUCACCUUCUUCCACACCUACCAGUGCCAUCCAAACUUCAACCCUUCAGAAUACUGAAACCACAAGAUCAACUAUGCAAAGUGCUUCCCCUACUGAAGUCUCAACAACUCUUUCAACACCACCAAUGACUUCCACAUCAACAAUUGAACCUACGGUGUCACUAUCAUCGACCAUUGUUUCUACAAGUGAAGCAACUACCAUUAAAGAAACAACAGUGCUCACCUCUGGCAUUCCACAAACUUCUAUAGUGUUGCCUUCUUCUUCAACACAGUCUGUGCCAGUGUCCACUACAAGUGAAUCCAUAGGCUCAUCACCUUCUUCCACACCUACCAGUGCCAUCCAAACUUCAACCCUUCAGAAUACUGAAACCACAAGAUCAACUAUGCAAAGUGCUUCCCCUACUGAAGUCUCAACAACUCUUUCAACACCACCGAUCAACUAUGCCAAGUGCUUCCCCGACAGAUGUCUCAACGACUCUUUCAACACCACCAAUGACUUCCACAUCAACAAUUGA